CCGCUUGUAGUUCUCGUCUGGUGUGUUAGAAUGCACAUAAUGUUUCGACCAGUUAACUCUUUGGCCGCUGUCAGGUGAUACUGAGCACUGGCAAGGUCUGAGAAAGCCAGUUUGUUUCAGGACGUCAUAAUGCCUGAUGACGGCCGGAGAGUUAGCUAGCCGAAACUUUGUGUGUUUAUAACACAUUAGACGAGUACGACAUUCCGGUAACUUAUUCGUAGCUCCGGAAAACGCUUAGUGGGUUUCUGAGAGCCCGCUGUUGGCCGAACGUUACAAUUAUGGCUUUUUUACUAACAAACGUGGGGGGUUGGGAAACCUAAGAUGGUGUAGUGUCAGCCCGUUGGUGAUUUCUGUUACAUGAUAUAUGAACGCUGAGGCUAUCAACAAUUGUAGACAUUGUCUAACGCUUCGCAAACGUCGAUUCAGCUCUAUUUUCAUCACUUAAGACACUUUAAAUAAGCGAAGCGAGGUACAUACGAACGCAGGCGUAUCUGCAAAAGUGCUGCGCUGCAAAAUUAGGCCCAGUAACUUCUAACUUGGGAGAAAGUUGUACUGUUAUUUGCAGCUAUCUGCACCAUUUAUGUGCUAAAAAUUUCGUAAGUUGAGGCAUCUAUCAGCCAUCUAACAUCUGUCGCCCAUCAAAACCACCAUGGUUAGCGGCGACGUCACAGUUCAUUGAGUUUUGGCGGCCAGUUACGAGUGCUUGAAUCAGUUAUCGGAUAGCUAUAAUGAUGUGCAGCAUUUAAUGAUGUGCAUUGCAUGUCUGUGCACAUGCAACAGCUGGAGUGGCCAGAAAACAUUUGAAAGUAAGUGCUCACCUGUUCCGUUGUACAGGCUCUUCAAACCCGAGCGCUUGUGAGCUGUCGGAGCUUUGGAAUUCGUCAUGCUUGUAUUAAUAUCUUGGCAAGCCUCAUUCGUGGAUCAACAGCGCAGUCCAGUUUCGAUGGAGUGUUCCCCAUUUGUUUGUGAUUUUAAUUAAAAAUAGCCAUUCAGAAGAGCAUUCGGUGUAGUUCACAGUCCCGCCCUUCUUAAGACGCAAACCCUUCUGAUUUCUGAGCUAUACGCCCGUCGAGACGAGCGGACUAUUUCGGAGAGACAAUUUGAAGGUCACUCCGACAUCCAUGACAUCAUAAUAACGUCAUACAAAUCCUGCCUUGACAUGGGCCAUGCAGCGAUUAAGGUCAAUAAAAACAUAGUCGUCGAGUUAUUCAUAUCUGGCGUUCAUGAGCAUGAUUUCCAGACGUAGCGGCUGGCAAUGUGAUAUAAGCUUCAGCGCUGUGCAAGCUGCGACGAUGUAAUCGAGCAAGACGUGUUGGGAACAUAUGCACUAAACAGAAAACUGUGCUGUUUAGAGCAGCCUUUUCCAGUAGAAGUAUACUAGAAGAUGUAAGUAAGCUUUUUUCGUAAUGUCUGAUGCUUGCUUCAACAUCUUCAAAUGUGAACUUCCCUUUAAAGCAAGCAAGAUUAUUUUCCCUGAUAAAUUCAGGGAGACAUAGCACUUCAGUGGUAAGCUCCAUCGACGAUGGUUUUGCUUGCAUGUCUCAAAACUCGCGAGAUAUACUUAGUUCUGUCUCCCCUAACCUCUUCCUGGCGCACCGCUGAUGACAUUAACAACGUUUCCGCAGAAUGCUGCCUCCGAAGAUCACAUACAGAACUCUAUGGAGUUUUUCAAAGAGUACAUCCACGCCGGAAAUCAUUCAUCGGAGUUCAACUCCACCGACGUUGACGACAUGAAAAAUUUCCUGUCUUCAAUGGCUAUGAUAACGCCAAGUCACAGAGAAAAAGUGGAAAUGGAAAUACACGGCGAACAAGUCUACGUCAACCCAAUGACCGUCGACGAUCUCGAAUCAGAAUACACGUUUGUGAAUUGGACGGUGUUGCUAUCCGAGGCGCUGUCCGCAAACGUCAGCAGUUCGGACAUUGUAUACGUACCGUUUCCCGGCUACCUGGAUGACCUGGAUAUGAAGAUUGAGCUUCUUCCGGCGCACACCAUACACAACGGCCUACUUUUGAUGUACAGGAUGGACUACCUCAGCGCCAUGGCGGACAUGCUGGCGCCGGCGCCGGCGACGCAGUUGAAGGACAUGUGCCUGGAUCUGACGAAGGACAUGUACCCCGUGCCUGUGGCUGGCAUGUUCGUUCGCGACGCCGGCAGAGGGAGGCUACAGCAGCUCAAGGACGAGGUGUCGGUUCUGCUGAACGACAUCAAGACCGUGCUGACAACGUCAAUAGAACGCAAGGCCGCGGCGGAGCCCUCGCCGGUCUACUCCAUGGCGCUGAGGAAGCUACGGUCUCUGCGCUCGCUUCUGGUCGCUUCGCCGAGCUUCUGGAGCGACGAGUUCAUCGCGCAGAACACGCCCACCCUGCCCAGUUUGGCGCCGGCCGUGGACCAUGACCAGCCGGAUCGGCAUAAGGUGCUCCGGCUAAUACGGGCGAUGCAAGCUGUGAGGAAUUUCUCCAUUCGCAAGUAUCAGGAAGUUGACACAGUUUCGGAGAAUUACAUUUGGAGUCAAGUUUCAGAGCCGUAUGAAUUGAACGCUUUCUACUUUCCCGACGGCAACACAGUAGUCGUGCCGCUGGCGUUCCUCAGCGAGCCGUACUUCUACGACGCUGUACCGCAGUACGUGAAGUACGCCACUCUAGGGCACGUGCUGUCGCAUGAGCUGCUCCAUGGUCUCGGCGUUACGGGCUUUCAGUACGACGACUCGGGUCGGCUACGGCAGCUGACUGAGGCGGAGAGGCGCCAGCUGGCGGAGCUGCGCAGCUGCGUCCGGCACAACUUUGUCAACAACCUCACCAAGAUCGUCCACAUUCAGGACAUCGCUAUAAGCGCGGAGCCGGACGGGGAGCUGACGCUGGACGAGAACCUGUCCGAUCACGACGCGCUGCCGCUGACUUGGCGGGCGUACCAGAGAUGGCACCACCAGCACGGGUCGGAGCCCGCGCUGCCCGGCGUCAACCUGACCCUGCAGCAGACGUUCCUGCUCGCCUGGGGCCAGAUAUAUUGUGCGAAACUAACACAGGGGACAUACAUCGCAUCAGUAGAAACCGACGCUCACUUGAACAAUCCAGAACGAGUGAACGCCAUGAUGCGCCACUGGCCGGAGUUCGCCUCCAGCUUCCACUGCGCCGAAGGCUCGCCAAUGCGGCCGUCUGUUCAGUGCCGCCCUCUCUGGUAGCCGGGCGGGCAGCGCGCGGUUGGUGACGGGGCCUCCAGAGGGCCCGACCGUGCUGGACCAGCCCCUGGCCAGCGAGAGCGUCCCAGCUGGUGACGGGGCCUUCAUAGGGCCCGACCGUGCUGGACCAGCCCCUGCCAGCGAGAGCGUCCCAGCUGGUGACGGGGCCUUCAAAGGGCCCGACCGUGCUGGACCAGCCCCUGCCAGCGAGAGCGUCCCAGCAGGUGACGGGGCCUUCAUAGGGCCCGACCGUGCUGGACCAGCCCCUGGCCAGCGAGAGCGGGCAGUCUGUGAAGUCCGUGGAAGAGAGACGGUGAGAGGAUUUUGCUGAGGAGAAAAAGAAAGAUAAACGUGCAGGCGGGACGGGGAGGGGAUGAAGACAAGGACGGAGAACUGGAAAAAAGAGAUGGGUCAGAUGGGAUGGAGUGAGACUACAGUGAGAUGGAGUGAGAAAGGUAAAGAGCGAAGCACGAAGUGCGAGCAAGAAUGAGAAGAACGGAGCGGGCCAUGGAUGCCCUCGCGAACCGUGCGAUCGUGAACUCUGCAGGCCUCGCUUGCUCCCGCCAGGCGCGGCCGUGCCUCGCGAACGAAGCGACACCGCCGGCGUCUCUGUGCCGAGCGAAUCGAGCCGGGGUCGUGACAAGCUGCACCACAUCACGACGCCGAGCCCAAGUCCACUGCCUCGCCGGGAACCUGCAAUAGCGUGCCGUGCCGCAAGUGCGCCGCCGUCCUCACGCUCUCUGGCGCCCCUAGAACACUCAGUGGUGACUGUGCGACGCUGGGUGGUGACUGUGCAAUAAUGGCCUGUGGUUACGGCGCGCGCGCGGUGAGGGCAUAUCCCCAUGUCCGACAUGUUACGGGUCAUGGCAAACGUCACGGCAAUGUCACGGGCGUACGUAGAAUGGCGCUACGGAGAGGAGGAAGGCGUUGUCUCUAGGUUGUUCUUCGGCAUGUACUGACGUGCCUCGGUGGUAGGUGUCAGCACGUACUGACGUGCCCCGGCGGUGGGCGUCAGCACGUGCUAACGUGCCCCGGCGGUGGGCGUCAGUGAGAGGGCGUCAGCAGCUCGCUGCCUGAUCGUGAUGUUCCGCGCGGCCGGCUGUGCGGUACGUUCGCGUGUCCGGGGACGGACCGUGCCGCCUAAUGGUGAGGGAGCUCAUGCACUGGUCAUCGACAUUUCCAGCCAACCAACGGCAUUCGAGGAUGCGAUUUCUCGGGCCUGAGUGAGCCAAUGGUAAUAGCAACAGUAGCUUAGGAGUGGCGGCGUGGUGCUGGCCUGGGCUAAUCGAAACAGGGUAACGCAGACUGGUAUGUUCGAAAUGAUGAAGUGGCCUGCCUGUACGAGUCAUGUUUUGAUCGGAUGGGCAAUGAACGGCCAUGAUGAGUGACAUAAUGUGUGCUUAAGGUGCACUGACGGGAGUAACUGUGAUUUAACGGGUCAUAUUGUGACCACAUUGGUCAUAGCGUUAACUCUCCUAUACCCACGACCUGUCGGCGCCUUUAGUGAUGUUACAUAAUGUGUUAGAACAGAGAAGGUAUAUGAUGCAGACGUAAUAUAUGGUACAAGCAUAGAACCCAGCACAAGCGUGCGCACACAUUCGGGCUCCUUUGGCAUUGUUCUGCGCUUUGUGCCAUCUCUGUGGCCGAAGGA